UCCCUCGCGGUACGGCCACGCGCCGGGGGGGCUGGACUGGAUUGCGGCGCCGCGUUCGCAAUCGCAUCGCAUCGCAUCCAUCCCCCCCGGACCUGGAGGAAAUCGCUGAGCAGCCAUCACCACCACAAGCGCCGCGCACUCUCUCCGCCCCCCUCCCUCUCCCCCCUCCAUCUCCCACCCCCACUCGCGGGAGCGCAGACCCUCCCUCGCUCGUGGGGGCGACGGGGAAUCCGCAGUAGACAGGACAAAGAUCGGAAUUAGCCACGCACCGAGGAGGAAGGAAAGCAGACCCGGGGCAAAAACCCAUUUUUUUUUCUCUCCCUUCCGUUCUUCCUCCCGUCCGUCCGCCCUCACCGGUCCCGUCCUCGUUCUUGCGUGCGCCGGCCGUGAGAUUGGUGGAUGGUAAUGCCAACCCCCUGGCGAGUUCUUGCGUCUGGGUGUGCCAAUCCGCAGUAGACACUUUUUUCAUUUUUACCUUUUUUCGUGUUCGUCUUCUAUCUAUCCAUCCAUCUUGGCCGGUAACGGAAGAACUGAAUCGGAACUAAAACUUGAAAUAACCAAUCUCCGUCCGUCGCCGCCGCACGGGGAGGAAGGAGUGGGUUUUGAUUGGGGGCUGGUGGGUCGGAGCCCGAUCGAUCGGCGGGCGGCGAUGGCGCCGCAUCCCAGGGACUACUGGGUCAACUUCUUCCGGGGAGGCGGCGAGGACAUCCUCAACGCCAUCGAGGGGGCCAUCGACGUCGCCGCGUCCGAGCAGCCCGCCGCCCUCCGCGCCAGGCGCGACGCCAUAGCCGAGCGCCUCUACACGGCGCUCCUCCUCGUGUCCUCCGGCGCGCCGACCACGGCGGCGGGGGCCGCGGCGGCAGCGGCGCGUCCCCCGGCGGGGGCGCCCGCCGCUGAGCCGCAGGCGCAGGAGCAGCAGCAGCAGCAGCUCCUCCCCGAGGGCGCCGCCAGCGUCCCCAGCCUCUGCAGCUCCGACCGCGCCGAGGCCAUUACCGACGACGGAGCGCCCCGCCACGACGACGACUCCGUCGCCGCCGAGGCCGAGAAAAUCAAGGCCGUCCUCGUCAACUACCAGGAAAAGUCGGAGGCGGCGUUGCUCGAUCUGCUCCGGCGGCUGCAGCAGCUGGAGUUCACGGUGCACACCUUGAAGGUCACUGCGAUUGGGAAGACCGUGGGCACCCUCCGGAAGCACAACUCCAAGCAGAUUCGGCACCUCGUACGGUUGCUCAUCGGGGGUUGGAAGAGUAUAGUUGACGAGUGGAUGAGCAAUGGAGGCAGCGGAGACGCCAUUGUUGAUCACACCCCUCAGUCCAUGCAUCCGUCCAGUCUGGAGCAGGAAGACCGAGGAAUGUCAUCACCUUCCGUGGACGAGGGGGCACUCUUCGCCACACCGAGUACUUCCAUCCGGCUCUCAGAGGACAACCAGGGCUCUAGGAUGUUUGAUGGAAUGGAUGAUGCUGGAAAUACAAGGAACAGUGUACAGCGGCAUCCGGGAAGCCAAGAACCAAUUAGAAGGCCGCCGCAGCCAGUGGCCCAGCAGUAUGACCCUGACCAGAGCUGGAGGCAAGAACAAUCUGCAGCAAGGCAAUCCCGGCCGCAAGAACUGGCCAAUGGGCAAACGAGAGAGCAAUUCAUUGCGGCCAUGCUGACGAAGCCCUCAAGUGCUGAGUCGGGUCGUGGGAGACCUCAAGUGAGGCCUAAGCAGCAGCAAGGUGCCUCGCCCGCCCAAGGCAGACCGCAACCGGUGCCAUCUGAUAAACCGGCGGGCAAUCCUGAUGCGAACUCGCUUCGAGCGAAGCUAGAUCUCGCAAAGAAUGCAAAGUUGGAACUGGCAACUAACUCCAAGCUAGAGAUGACAAAGCGAAAGCUUCAGGAAGGGUACCAAGAAUUCGAUAACGCAAAGAAGCAGAGGACUGUACAGAUGGUGGAUCCGCAAGACAUCCGGAAGCAAGGGAACCGGGCUUGGCAGCCAAAUGCCAAGCCGAGGAACAACAGCAACAGCAGCAACACCAACAACAACCGGAAUUGGCCGUCGAAAUGAGCUGCCAAUUCCAUUCAUCCACCAUUAGAAAAAAAAAUACCUUGGUUUCAUUUCCGCCCUCGGUCGGCGGGCGGCAUAAGUUGUUUAGUCGAGCCCAGCCCAGCCCGGUACAUAACAUCAGCAAUAAGGCUUCCCUGCCGUCCUUGCGAAACUGUGUCGUGUCUGACUUUUUUUUGCCCUUGAUGAUGAUGGCUGGCUCACCAUUAUAGUGUCCGUCAAAACCUGUAAAGAUGAGACGAGUCUGUUGUGGUACUAACUGAUGGUGUUUUUUGCUUCCUCGGACGGAACGCAAACGGUUCA